AGGGGGGAGUGGUAGGAACAGCUCCUUGGUGCUGAAAUUGCUUCAGCACAGCCAACCAGCAACGCGCAAGGGGGAAGAGGAAGAAGAGGAAAAAGACCCCAAACAUUGAAUUAAACGAAGGAGGAAAUUUUUGACACAGACUGAACUCGAGCCAAGAGCCUUGGAGACAGAUGGCUGCCACUCAGGAUGCGAAAGGCAAAGCGGAGGGCGCUGACCAAAACUUCGACUACAUGUUCAAGCUGCUGAUCAUCGGCAACAGCAGCGUGGGCAAGACGUCUUUUCUGUUCCGCUACGCCGACGACGCCUUCACCUCCGCUUUCGUCAGCACCGUGGGCAUCGACUUCAAAGUGAAGACGGUGUACAAAAACGACAAAAGGAUCAAGCUGCAAAUAUGGGACACAGCAGGCCAGGAGCGUUACAGGACCAUCACCACGGCCUACUACCGUGGCGCCAUGGGCUUCAUCCUCAUGUAUGACAUCACCAACGAGGAAUCCUUUGGUGCCGUGCAGGAUUGGUCGACCCAGAUAAAAACAUACUCGUGGGAUAACGCGCAAGUGGUGCUGGCUGGUAAUAAGUGUGAUAUGGAAGAGGAACGAGUGGUGUCCGUGGAUAGCGGCAGGCUGUUGGCGGAACAGCUGGGCUUUGAGUUCUUCGAGACCAGCGCCAAGGACAACAUCAACGUCAAGCAGACCUUUGAGCGCCUCGUCGACCUCAUUUGUGACAAAAUGUCCGACAGCUUGGACGGCGACCCGGCUGUUACUGCUGGAGCGCCCACCGCCAAACUGACAGACAGUGCUCCGCCCCUCCAGCAGCCCGGCUGCAACUGUUAGCUCCACUUACUGUACCGUGUUUUUGUCCCCCACAAACCUUUCUACCCACUCCCCUCGAUGUCUGGACCCUUUAGUGGUAGAGAUACUAAAAUGCUGUCGUACUAGCGCCUAACCUUCAUUACCUUCUAACUCAAGCAAAUACAAAGUUACGGGGUGUGCUCUUAGAGACACUGUCAAUAACCUCCAUGUUUGUCGUCCAUUUCAUCGUAGAGCAUCCAGAAUAAACCUAAAAUCUAAGUGACAAUGUCGUGUAACUUCUAUUUAAAGGAGACAUAUUAUGCAAACACUUUCACAAUCUUAAACAGUUUCCACGUGUCUU